UGCCAGUCCUAGCCUCCGACAUCCCGCUCACGACUUUCCAGUAAAAUCAAGAUGCAGGCAGGCGGACAGACACCAGUUUUUGUUAUGAACACCGCCCCGGAGAGGCAGUCGGGGCGGAAGGCGCAGAUCUCCAAUAUCACUGCUGCAAAGACUGUCGCAGAUGUUAUCCGGACGUGUCUGGGUCCAAAGGCCAUGCUCAAGAUGAUCUUGGAUCCAAUGGGCGGUAUCCUGUUGACUAACGACGGGAAUGCCAUCCUCCGUGAAAUCGAGGUCGCGCAUCCGGCUGCGAAGAACAUGAUUGAGCUGAGCCGGACGCAGGAUGAGGAGUGCGGCGACGGAACGACGAGUGUCAUUGUCCUCGCGGGCGAGAUCCUCGCACAGUCGCUCUCUCAACUCCAACGCGAUAUCCACCCCGUGGUGAUCAUCGCCGCCUACAAUAAGGCGCUCCAGACCGCUCUCGACAUCGUGCAGCGUAUCUCCAUCCCCAUCGACACCACCGACGAUGAGCAGAUGCUCUCCCUCAUCAAAACUUCCAUUGGAACGAAAUUUGUCAUCCGCUGGUCUGAGCUCAUGUGUCGUCUUGCGCUGCAAGCCGUCCGCACUGUCUCGUCUGUAGAGAACGGGAUUCGCACGGUCGACAUUAAGCGUUAUGCCCGCGUGGAGAAGGUUCCUGGAGGGGAGAUCGAACAGAGCUGCGUUCUGAACGGCGUCAUGCUCAACAAGGACAUCACACACCCGCAGAUGCGUCGGCGGAUCCAGAACCCGCGCAUCAUCCUGCUCGACUGCCCGUUGGAGUACAAGAAGGGUGAGAGUCAGACGAACAUCGAGAUCUCGAAGGAGGCGGACUACGCGCGGAUCAAUCAGAUCGAGGAGGAGCAGGUCAAGGGGUUGGUCGAUCGCAUCUUGGAAUUCAAGCCCGACCUCGUUAUUACUGAGAAGGGUGUUUCUGACUACGCGCAGUAUUUCCUUGCCAAGGCCAACGUCUCGGCCCUCCGACGUGUCCGCAAGUCAGACAACAACCGUAUUGCUCGCGCUGUGGGCGCAACGAUCGUCAACCGCGUCGAAGACCUUCGUGAGGCUGACGUCGGAACAAAAUGUGGCCUCUUCAACAUCGAAAAACUAGGCGACGAAUACUUCACCUUCCUCACUGAGUGCGAGACACCAAAAGCCUGCACGAUCCUUCUCCGUGGGCCUUCGAAGGAUGUCCUGAACGAGGUUGACCGCAAUCUCGCUGAUGCGAUGUCCGUCGCGCGCAACGUGUUCUUCAACCCGACGCUGAUCCCAGGUGGGGGUGCGACCGAGAUGGCCGUGUCCGUUGGGUUGCACGCGCACGCGCGCAGCGUUCCCGGUGUCGAGGCGGGCCCCUUCCGCGCUGUCGCCGAUGCGAUGGAGGUCAUCCCCCGGACGCUCAUUCAGAACAGCGGUGGAAACGUGAUCCGGGUCCUUACCGAGUUGAGGGCGAAACACGCGAAUGGCGAGCAUUCGUGGGGCAUUAACGGCGACACUGGAAAGAUCGUUGACAUGAAAACGUACGGUUUGUACGAGUCAGCGAGCGUGAAGAUCCAGACAUUCAAAACGGCUAUCGAGGCUGCCCGCGUGCUCCUUCGCGUCGACGAUGUCGUGCAGGCAACACGGAAGGAGCGUCAGCAGGAAGGUGGAGGUGCGCCUCCAGAAGAUCAGAUGAUGGAGGGUUAGAGGAAGACCAAAAAAAGACGCCCGAGAGAGAGUUGUACUUUGAACUAGAGUAAUGCAUACAUCUACUUGGCUUGUCGUAUUGAAAGCGGUCGGCGUAUAUGUUCUUGACGCU